CAUCCUGAUGCCAGUCAACCACAGGAGGAUUAGCCUGGUGAAUGCUGCAUCAGUUCUUCAGUGUUCAUCAGUUCAUUGGACUUAAAAGUUAUUGAAAAUGACUCUAAAGUGUGUGAUUCUCCUGGUGACGAUUGGUGUAUCCGCCAAUAUUGUCUGUGGCGGAUCUUCCAUCGAGGAGAGCAUCGUCGAUAAGGGAUAUCGAUCCAUGUAUCGGGUGUACGAGGAUUGCCAGCAGAGAACUGGUGGUGUUUCGUUGUGUCUCAAGAAGAAGGCGAUCUCCUUCUUCGAGAGAUUGGGGAGAAUCGACAGUCUUCCCAUCGCCGAUAAUUUGGAACUCGUUAAAGUACCUGGGGUCAAUUACACCUAUUCACAGACUGAAGAUAGUGAGGGUCUUGGACGUGGUGCAUCCAGGGAGGAUGCUCUCAAUGAUAUUCUUCUGGAGAGAAUCGCCAAUCUCAUGAACGGCUUCAAUAUUCAAAUCCGAUUACCAACAACAUCCUCUGGGGAACUCAAACGGAGUAUGGAAGAGGGACGUGGGAAGAUGAAGAAGAUGAUGGGGAUGAUGAUGAUGGGCAUGACCAUGAAGAUGGCUGCACUUGUGCCGAUAGCAAUGGGUGUUCUAUUUCUUCUCGCUGGUAAAGCCCUCAUUAUCAGUAAAAUUGCACUCGUCUUGUCCAUGAUCAUUGGACUGAAGAAAUUGUUGAGUCAGAAACAGGGAGGUGGACAUGAAUCCCACGGUGGAUGGCAGAGUGGUGGUGGUGGUGGUGGUGGAUGGGACAGGAGUCUCAAGAAUCUACAACAUCAACAGCCAAACGAUGGCGUCGAUGUUUAUGGCCAGAAUCUCGCCUACAGCGGACAGAAGCCGCAAGUGCUGUAGGAUCACUAAACAUUAAUCUUAGGCGCAGAAUUUGGUUUUUUAUUUAUUAUUUAUUUGACUCUUGACACGAAGUAACGGAGGGAGUUUUUCGCGGGCCUCAGGGCACCCGGGGCCAGUUGUUUGUUGCGUGAACGGUUACGUUUGAGUAAUUAAGACGUGAAAAAGACUAACCUUUAUCUUCUGGUAGCGGUGCUUUUUUUUGUUAAUAAACUCGUCGGUCUUGUGGUACAUAAAUCCUGCAACAGUUGUGCGCGUUUAAUGUUAAUUGAGAUUUUCUGGGGAUUUUGCUCGACAAUUUAUUACAUUAAUAAUUUGCGGGUACAUUUACGAUUAUUUCAACUUUUUUCUAUUGUUUUGUAGUAGCUAUUUUUCAUGUCAAAAGCGGAGUUGUAUCAUGCAUGCAACUGUUGAAAUUUCCCGCAAACCGGAACUGGAUUCCGUUUUACAUGUAACAUCGAUCGUUAUGUGUCGAGCGAGUCCAAUGACACACUUGUUGCACAGCUGUUGCUCGAUGGUACAUAUACAUUACUUAAGUUUGAUUGUUGUAAGUUGUAUCUACUCACUGCGAUGAAAUUGCUGGAUCUUGUUUAAUGGAGAUGAGAUGUGCAGAAUCAUCGGAUUGAUGAUAAAAACGAUCUUAUUCCUGAGAAUGUGACUAAAUUAUGAGUCUGUUGAAUGACAGAGGGAUACUAAUGGCGUCAUGUAGGGGCCGUAAUAUUCAGAUAUUUAUUUAUUUUGAUUUAUGUAAUUGGACGCGCGUCGUCGAGGUACAAUAAAUUAUUCGAUUUCACUCCA